AUGCCCAAAGAACGCAGCCUCAACCCCGUCGCAGCCCAGCACAAAGCAGACAAGAAGCAAGCCCUCAAGAAAUCAAAAGCCAAUGUCCAAGCACAAAGAAACGAAAAGCUCGCCCGCCGCAAUCCAGAACGCCUUCAACGACAAAUCGACGACCUCAAAUCGCUAGCCACAACCCAGCAACUGCGACCAAAAGACCAAGCUACCUUGGACCAACUAGAAAAAGAUCUGCGCGCUGUAAAGAAAGCCAGAGACGUCUUGGGAGAGAAGGCUCCGGUGUAUAAGCAGAGGAGGGAAGGAGACCAACAUGGCAACGAGCAAAGGAAGAGAAGAAGACAAGACGACGAUGAAGACGACCAGACGGACGAGGACGUAAGGAAGAUUCCUAUGCCGAGGGACACACCGCCGCCCAUCCCGCGCAGAAACCAGCCCCAUCAAUUACCCAACAAGCCCGCCGCCGCUGCUGCUCCAGUACCAGCACAAACGACAUACAGUUCUGCGCCUGUGUUGCGCAACCUCACCGAAGAGUCGAAACGCUUCGUGCCUGCUGCUGUCGCUCAGAAUAUUGCGAGACAAAAGGGUCAAGGCGGACGCUUGCUCGAGCCCGAAGAGGCAGAUAAGCUCGAGAAGGCUGGAUACAACGAUGCGCGCAACAUUGCCAAUGAAAUGGAGAAGGAGGCUGAAUUCGAGAUGAUGAGCCGUGGGGAGGGUGGGGAGCAAGCAGUCGACAAAGCCUUAAGGCACGUCGAGAUGGAGGAGGUUGAAGACGAAGGUAUCUGA